GAACCUACAGCUCUGCCUCAGAGGAUCACACACACUUCAGCUAUCAAGAAUGGAUGUUGAAGUCAGCAGACCGUUAGAGGUGGCAGCACUUGGCCGGCCUUUUAGCCUUGGGAUGCUGUAUGACUGCCGCUCAGACUCACUCAUCCCUGGAAUGACACUGUGGGACCAUAAUGACCUGAAAAACGAUUUAAGAGAAAGGCCACAACCUAAUAGUGCCUUUGAGAUAGUUGCAUCUGAAUCAAUUGAGGACAAAUCUUCAGCACUUAAUGUUGAAGCAUCACUGAAGGCAAGUUUCUUGGGUGGACUGGUAGAAGUGGAAGGAUCAGCCAAAUACCUGAAUGAUCAUAAGACAUCCAAAAAUCAGGCCAGGGUUACACUGAAGUACAAGGCUACCACACAUGUCCAGGAACUGUCAAUGAAUCAUCUUGGAAGAGGCAACGUGAAACAUCCGUACGUUUUUGAUCAGGGAAUAGCAACACAUGUAGUCACAGCUGUUCUUUAUGGGGCACAAGCUUUCUUUGUCUUUGACCGUGAGGUGUCAGAAAAGGAAGAUCAUCAAGACAUUCAGGGGAACUUGAAAGUGAUGAUCAAGAAGAUCCCACUCCUCUCUAUAGAGGGUGAAGGUUCCCUGAAAAUGGAAGACAAGGACAGAGCAAAUGCUGAGAAAUUCUCCUGCAGAUUCUAUGGAGACUUUUCUCUUCAGAAACCUCCAACAUCCUUUCAGGAUGCAGUACAAGUCUACCAGAGCCUGCCAACAUUACUGGGAGCCAAUGGAGAAAAUGCUGUACCAAUGAAGGUCUGGCUGUUGCCCCUGACAGUUUUAGAUUCUUCUGCCGCUCAACUUGUUCGUCAGAUAAGUACAAGAUUAGUUCAGGAGGCACAGAGUGUCCUGGAGGACUUCAGUGAGCUGGAAAUGAGGUGCAACGAUGCAAUGAGAACAACCACUGCACAGCAGUUCCCACAGAUUGGCAACAAACUUAAACGUUUUAAAGAAAUGUGCUCUGAGUUCAGACUGGAGUUUCAACAAAACUUGGCAAAGAAGCUUCCAUCAAUCCGAGGAGGAGGUGAAGAGGAGGCUGUGCUCACAGAGAUACUGAUGAAGAGACGUUCUUCUCCUUUCAACAACAAAAGCCUGAACGAGUGGAUGGACUGUAAAGAGAGAGAAAUCUACACAGUAAUGUCUUUCACCAACAAGAUGAAAAACACAGAGAUCAUCCCAUCUCAGAGUCAUUUGUACAAGGAAAUUCUCAGUGCAGAGCAUGCUGUGUGUUUUGUGUUCACCUCACUGGGAAGUGCUGAACCGUACCUCUCAGCUUUAUCAAACUACUUAAGAGGAGCAACCAAACCAGACGACCCUCAAGAUCCAUAUACUCAUGAUGUAGAGAGGGAACAGUGGUACCUUUCAAAUGAAGUACAUGAUACACUGCUGAGUAAAACAAAGCUGUUCAUUGACUAUGCUGAGGCCAACAAGGAGAACAAGAACAUAAAGUUCCUGACAGUGGGUUUGACAGAUGAGAAACAGAAAGGUUCAAGCAUCCACCUUUAUAAAGACGGAUUUUCUGUCAGUGAGAACUUUGAACCACCUUCAAAGCCUGAAACUGUCACAGUAAGAGACAUAAACCACAACAGUGUGACACUGAAGAUUUCUCCACCCAGAUUUGGAGCAGAGAACAUCACCUCCUACUGUGUUGAGUCCUGUGUCAGUGGAGAGGAUGGAUGGCAACAGAAGACAGAGUCAAAGACUGAAGAAGUCACAGUGAGUGAUCUGAGUCCUAACACAGAGUAUGUGUUCAGAUGCAGAGCAGUGACCUCAGUAGGUGUUGGACCAUCCAAUCAAGUCAGUGGUUCCAUUAAAACACUGCCUUGCAGCCCUCCUGGAAAACCUCAAGUUGAACCACAGUCAGCUGAGGUAUCAGUUAGCUGGGAGAAACCUUCUGAGGUUGGACCAGACGUCCAGGUUUUGAGCUACAUCGUGGAGUACGCCCAAAGAGACGAUAAGGUGAAAGAAGAAGAUCUCCAAUGGAAACAGAUGUUGUCGAGAGCUGAAAAGGUGAUAAUUUCAGGACUCCAGUCAGAGACUGAAUAUGUUGUCAGGGUCAGAUGUGGUUGUGGUGUAGCUGGAAGAAGCAAGGAAAUCACUGUUAAUGUCUGCACAAGAAGACGUGAGUUUGCUCGCCUUGCAGAAUAUCUGAAACAUAUUAGCAAGAGGAUACACUGUGAAUCCCCCUCACUUUACAAACUGCCACUGGAAGAAGAAGAUAUGGACAUAGAUGGAUGCAGGAAGUUCCACUUUGGCAAAGAAAGCAUGAGGCAGAAUCAUACUAUCAUGCUUCUUGGAGCGACUGGAUCAGGAAAGACCACCCUCAUCAAUGGAAUGAUCAACUACAUUGUUGGUGUAGAGUGGAAGGACAACUUCAGGUUUAAAUUAAUUGUUGAGGAUCAGUCAAAAUCACAAGCUGAAAGCCAGACCUCUGAAGUCACUGUGUACAAAAUCAACUACCAAGAAGGGUUUAAAAUCCCCAUCUCCCUGACUGUUGUGGACACACCAGGGUUUGGGGAUACCAGAGGAGUAGGAAGAGACAAGGAGAUCACAGAACAAAUCAGGAGGCUUUUCACCUCAGUUAAUGGAGUCAGUGAGAUUGACGCAGUGUGUUUUGUUACUCAGGCCUCUCUUGCUCGACUGACUGCAACACAACGCUAUGUGUUUGACUCUGUGCUCUCUAUUUUUGGCAAAGAUGUGGCAGAGAACAUUGAGAUGCUGGUGACUUUUGCAGAUGGCAAGCAGCCACCGGUUCUGGAGGCAAUUAAUGUCUCUGGAGUUCCAUGUCCAAAAAACGACCUGGGGCUUCCAGUUCACUUCAAAUUCAACAACUCUGCAUUGUUUGCAGACAACAGAUGCAUCAGUGACAGGACCUGUGAUGAGGAUUCAGAAGAUGAUGAUGACAACUUUGAUGAGAUGUUUUGGAACAUGGGUGCUAAAAGUAUGGAGAAGUUCUUCACUGCUUUGCGUAAAAUGACAACAAAAAGUUUGCUCAUGACCAGAGAGGUUCUAAAAGAACGAAAGCAGCUUGAAACGGCUGUUGAAGGUUUACAGCCACAAGUUAGAGCUGGAUUAGCAAAGCUUGAAGAAAUUAAGACAACCAAAGAAAAGAUCAAAGAGCAUGAAACAGUCAUGACCUCAAAUGAAAACUUUGAGAUUGAGGUGGAUGUUAUAAAGCCUGUCAAAAAACAGCUCACAAAGAAAGGAGAGUACAUAACCAACUGCCAGAAAUGUUCAAUAACAUGCCAUUAUCCAUGUGCAAUAGCAGAUGAUAAUCAAAAAGCCAGCUGCGCAUCAAUGGAUGGGACAGGGAAGUGCACCGUCUGCCCUGGAAAAUGCAUCUGGAAUGUGCAUUUCAACCAGACAUACAGCUGGGAGUAUGUUAAAGUGAGAGAGAAGCUGACUCUGCAAGAGUUAAAAGACAAGUAUGAAAAAGCUACAAAAGAAAAGAUGACAGUUCAGGAAUUGAUUGAGAGACAAGAGGAAGAGAUUGUGCACCUUCAAGACAUGAUAGUGUCCCUCAUGGAUCAGUCAGCUCACUGUAUAACUCGUCUGCAAGAGAUCGCCCUGAGGCCUAACCCUCUGACCACUCCAGAGUACAUUGACAUGCUGAUUGAAGGAGAAAAGUCUGAAGCCAAAGAGGGUUACCAGGCUCGAAUCCAGUCCUUGGAGGCAAUGAGAGACAGAGCAGAAAUAAUCUCCAAGGUCACCAGAAGAGAUAAACUUACAAAAACAGAGGAGGAAUUGUCUGAAGAAAGACAGAAGAGGAAAGAAAAGAAAGGUUGGGUUCAGAAAAUUGGAAAUUUCUUUGGAUAUAAUAAUUAACAGGUACAGCAAAAAGCCACACUAGCAGCUGCCACAGUGAUGAUGAUGAAAGAUAAUCUUUAAAGUUCUGCUAGGUCAUGCUAAUAUCAUAUCAAUAAUAUGAGCAUUAUAAUAUGCUCACAAUUAACAAGAUAAAAGAUAUAUGCUAAUGCUAAUAUUACUAUUAGCCUUUUAGCAUUUAUACUGCUAUUGUAAGAUGAUGAUUUGUAUGGAAACAUGCUACAGCUGGUGUGAGCACGCACUCACACUUCAGGGUAACAUGGUGAAUGCUGAAAAAACUUCUGUCGUUAUCUCUUGUUAAAUAAUUUGUUUUUAAUAAUCAGCAACCACGUGGUGAAAGAGAAUGAUCUGAAUGUUUUCUUACAUUCAGUAAACUGUUUAUCUAUGUUUGUUUGACUCAUGAAGUGCCAUAAUUUUGUUAUUGAAACUAUUUAGUACCUGUAUACUGCACCUACAGUAGUAAUAUAAUAAUCAGUUAUACUCAGCAAACUUUAAGACAUUUUUAGGAAGAUUCUGUUCUGUCUUUUAGUUUCUAAUAAGAUGUUGAUAUCAACACUCAACAGUAACAUUUUCAUUGAUUUUCGUGCUGAUUAUUUUCAUCAUUGAUUUAUCUGCUGGUUAUUUGUCUUCUAAAACAUGAGUGAAAAAUGCUCAUCACAGGUUCAUAGAUCCCAUGAUGAACUUUAAAGCUUUAAACCUUGGAGCCUGAAUAUUUAGGUUUCUGCCUAUAGUUUCUAUAUUUUAUCAAAGUGGAAAAUGAAUGUAGUUAAAACUGAGAAUGAUCUGUUAUGUGUAUAUGCAAACUGCUGAUCAGCAGUAAUUACAGCUCAGUGAAACAGCUGGUCCUGAGACGACUCAGUUUGUCUGUACUGUUGGUGCAAAUAAACCUACAUGAAUGACA